AUGGCUGACCCUAAAUGGAGACGAUCAUUCAUUUAUCGAUUCAUUCCCACUGCAAUUUUGAUUUCUGCUGCUUUCUUCAUAGGGAGUGCAUUCAUUGUUCUAGAUUAUAAACAGAAGUAUUCAAGAUUGCGAGUUGUUGAUGCUGUGGAGAUGACAAAACCUAAUAUUUGUGAGAAUCAGUGCAGACCUGAUGGGAGUGAGAUUUUGCCUAGCGGAAUUGUUUCUAGAACUUCUGACUUGGAGAUGCGGCCAUUAUGGGGCCCACGAAACAAAAAGAAAUCAAAGUCACCAAUGAACUUGUUGGCAAUGGCAGUUGGAAUAAAGCAAAAGAACAACGUGAAUAAAACUGUCAUGAAGUUUCCGGCAAAUGAUUUUGUCAUUAUGCUUUUCCAUUAUGAUGGUAUGGUGGAUGAUUGGAGGGAUUUUGAAUGGAGUAGUCGUGCCAUACACGUCUCCGCUGUUCAUCAAACUAAAUGGUGGUUCGCCAAGCGGUUCCUGCAUCCAGAUGUUGUGUCAGAGUAUGCUUACAUUUUCCUUUGGGAUGAAGACCUUGGGGUUGAAAAUUUCAAUGUUGCACGAUAUUUGGCAAUAAUUAAAGAAGAAGGGCUUCAGAUAUCACAGCCAGCGCUUGAUCCUCGUAAAUCGAAGGUGCAUCACAGACUUACAGCACGACAAAAGGGUUCAAAAGUUCACAGAAGGAUUAUUAAUUCAAGUGUUGCUAGGAAGGGGUGUAAUGCAAACAGUACACAGCCUCCAUGCACUGGGUGGGUGGAAAUGAUGGCUCCUGUUUUCUCCAAGGCAUCCUGGCGUUGUGCAUGGUAUAUGAUUCAGAAUGAUCUAGUUCACGCAUGGGGAUUGGACUUCCAGCUUGGUUACUGUGCACAGGGUAACCGAACUCAAAAUAUAGGAAUAGUUGACUCUGAGUUCUUGGUUCACCAGGGUCUUCCUACACUUGGGGGUUCAGCUGUAAACCAGAAAAAUACUGAAGCAAUCAGCGAAGCUUCUCAAAAUGGAAACUUGCCAAACGGAGGAGCAAUGGCACCAUCUGUGUCUCAUCAACCCAAUACAAGAGAUAAGGUGAUAAAGGAGUCCUAUAUUGAGCUAGAAAGAUUUAAAAACAGAUGGAGAAAAGCGGUUAGAGAAGAUAAAUGUUGGGCUGAACGCAUCAGCAACCAUUGA